CUUCAUCAGAGACAAACUGAACAGAUGGAAACAGGAGUUGAUGGAGAGGACUGUGGAGGAGCAGAACCAGAGAGGGACUCAGAUCCAGAGACACGUUUACAACCACAGAUUGAGGUCAAGAUUGAAAACUCUGAUGAAGCUGAGACUGAAGACAGAGAAGAUUGGAAGGAGACCAGAGAGAAUCAGUCAGGUUUGACCUCUGUCGAAAACAUUGAAGAUAAGAGAUCAAAUAAACCACAUACCUGUUCCAAGUGUUGUAAGUCAUUCAAAAAGAAACGGGAUCUGACCAGACACAUAAGAAUUCACACAGGAGAGAAACCCUUCAGCUGCUCUGAAUGUGGAAAAAGGUUUAACCAAAAAGGAAGUCUGGCGAUACACUCUUUACUUCACAGAGAGGAGAAACCCUUCGGCUGCUCUGAGUGUGGUAAAAGAUUUAACCAUAAACCUACUCUGAAACUUCACAUGGCGCGUCACAGAGGUGAGAAACGCUACAGCUGCUCUGUUUGUGACAAAAGAUUCUGUUGGUCUAAUCAGUUAAAGAGACACAAGUGUGUUGGAGGUCAGGCUUCAAAACCCGAGAGUUAUUUACAAGCAGAGACUGAGGCUGCAAACUCCUCUGUACAUGAGACUGAAGACAGUGAUGAGUAUUGGAAGGAUACCAAAGAACAUAGGCCAGGUGUAAACUCUGUAGAAAACAUUAAAAAGGCUUUCACUUAUCAGAGACAUAAAGUUUUAGUAAAUGAUGGACGUUGUUCUGGCGAGAGACAAUUUGGCUGUUCUGAAGAUGUUGCUAAACAUGAAUUCAUGAAACACAACACUGUCAACAUUGAACCAUGCAGUAAGGCUGAGCACCUUCAGUCAGGUCUGAACUAUCUGAAAAACGGUGGAGAGGUUUCCUCCUGCGAUUCUUUGGCAUGUAAUAAAUCAUCCAAAAACACUGACACUCUGCUCACACAGCAGAAAUAUAACAAUGGGCAGAGACCAUUUAGUUGCCUAUUUUGUGAGAAAAGAUUUGCUACAGAAGAUUGUUUGACAAGACAUACAUCUUUCCAUACAAGAGAGAAACAACUCAGAUGCAUUCAUUGUGAGAAAAGGUUUACUCAGGAGUCAGACUUCAUCAGCUAUAUGUGUGUUGGUGUGUCCUCAGAACCUUAUCAGAGCCAGACUGAGGAACAGAUUACAGACAAAUCUCUAAACUGUCCUCACUGUGGGAAAGGAUUUGUCAGUCAGCACAAUCUGCUGGUGCACAUGAAGAUUCAUUCAGGAGAGGAAGUGUUUAGUUGCUCAGUUUGUGCUCAAACAUUUGCCAGACAUGAAAGCUUAAGAUGUAAUUUGGCUUGUCAGACUGUGAAGAAGCAUUUUUGCUGUUCAGUUUGUAACACAGGUUUCACUGACAGUGAAUCUUUGAUUAAACACAUGAGAGUCCACGUUGGACAAACACAGUUCAGAUGCUCAAUUUGUGAUCAAGAAUUUGUCUGGAGAAGACACCUGACAAAACAUAUGGAGAUCCACACAUCUGAGAAAAUCUACAGCUGCAUAGUUUGUGAUCAAAGAUUUUUUUGGUCCUCUCAGUUAAAAGAACACAAGUGUGUUGGAGGUCAGUCUUCAGAGUUUCAUCAAAACCAAACUGAGGAGAAAAGAGAGGCAGAAACAGGAGAUGAUGGAGAGGACUGUGGAGGAGCCGAACCAGAGAGGGACUCAGAUCCAGAGAGACAUUUACAACCGGAGACUGAAGACACUGAUGGGCAAGAGACUACAGAACAUCAGUCAGGUUUAAGCUCUGUACAAAACAUUGAAGAUAAGAGAUCAAAAAAAUCAAAUACCUGUUCUGAGUGUUGUAAAUCAUUCAAAAAGAAACGGGAUCUGACCAGACACAUAAGAAUUCACACAGCAGAUAAACCCUUAAGCUGCUCUGAGUGUGCUAAAACAUUUAAAUGUAAAGACCAUCUGACCAGACACUUGGAAGUUCACAUGGGAGAGAAACCUUUUAGCUGCUCUGUUUGCAGUCAAAGAUUUAUCCUCAAGUCUGCUCUGAUACUUCACAUGGCUCAUCACAGAGGAGAGAAACCCUACGACUGCUCUGUUCGUGACCUAAGAUUCUUUUGGCCCAAACAGUUAAAAAGACACAAGUGUGUUGGAGGUCAGGAUGCAGAUCUUCAAAACCAAACUAAGGAGAAAAGAGAGGCUGAAACAGGAGCUGAUGGAGAGGACUGUGGAGGAGCAGAACCAGAGAGGGACUCAGAUCCAGAGAGACAUUUACAACCAGAGACUGAAGACUCUUCUGAGGCUGAGACUGAAGACAGUGAAGAUUGGAGAGAAACCAGACCAAAUCAGUCAGGUUUAGAUUCUCUAAGAAAUGUCUUCGAGAGUGCAGCAAAAUUUGACUCUGAUAGGAAACAUGAUUUCUGCUCUGACUCUGAUCAAAACUUUAACAACAACCACCUUCUGGAACUCCAUAGAAACAAUCGCACAGAAGAGAAACUUUUCAGUGGCUCAGGAUGUGAGAACCAGUUAACAGAAAGAGGAAAUGUGGGCCAACACAUGAUAGCCCACAUAGGGCUACUCAGAGGGGCAAAGCAGGAGGAACAAGAACCCCCACUUAUCAAGGAGGAACAGCAGGAAUUCAGGAUCAGUCAGGCUGAUACCACCAUGUUCCCCUUCACUCCUGUCUCUGUGAAGAGUGAAGAUGAUGAAGAGAAACCUCAGUCCUCACAGCUUCAUCAGAGACAAACUGAACAGAUGGAAACAGGAGUUGAUGGAGAGGACUGUGGAGGAACAGAACCAGAGAGAUGUUUACAAAUACAGACUGAGGUUAAGACUGAAGACUCUUGUCAAUCUGAUGAUAGUGUAGACAGUGAUUUUUGGAAAGAGACAAGAGAUCGCCAGCCAGGUUUCAAAUCUGUAGAAAACACUGGCGAGCAUAGACCGCCGACUGAAAAGAAAUCAAAUAACUGCUCUGAGUGUAACAAAACAUUCCUCACGAAAUGGCUUUUGAACCAACACAUGCGAAUUCACACAGGGGAGAAACCCUUCAGCUGCUCUGUUUGCAACAAAUGUUUUAAUGUAAAGGGAAGUCUGACCAAACACAUGUUGCUUCACACGGGAGAGAAACCCUUCAGCUGCUCCGAGUGUGGUAAAAGAUUUGACCGAAGAGGCAGUUUGAACAGACACAAGAUAGUUCACACAGGAGAGAAACCCUUUAGCUGUUCUGUUUGCACCAAAAGAUUUAAUCAAAGGUCGAGUCUAAAACGUCACAUGGCACAUUACAGAGGAGAGAAACAGUUUAGCUCCUCUGAUUGCAGUAAAAUGUAAUGCCAAAAGGGGAUCUGAUCAAAGUGCUCGUUUAGCCCAGUUGCUAAAGCAGCAAAGUCUUGCUUUCCUUUUUCUGCACAAAGACAACAACUUCAUUUCUGCCACUUUUUUGCAACAAAAGUUAAGGUGAUGUUUUGUAUAUGUAUGUAUCUUCUCAAUGCCUUAAAUCUUCUGAUACAGUUUACCAUGGAGCGUCAAAGUUCAUAACAAAUCUUAAAAAGUCACGAUUUGUACUCCUUUUUAACCAGUGUCUCAGAGCUCCUCACAACAUGUCUAUGAACUUUCUUGUUCUAAAUCCACUCUGAUCCUGUAUUUGAUCAUCAUCUAUUUCAGCCCUGCUCAGAGCAGGCUGUUUCUGUGUCUGUACCUUUAAAUAUGUAAACACCAAACUUUGGUUUGUUCCUAAUCACUCUGUAAAUCGUACCACCAUCUUUCUUUCCCUCUCUAUUUCACUUGAGAGCUCAAGUUAUUAUGUUACAUUAUUUGACAUAACUUUAAAGUGCUGUUGUAAUGGUAGUGUGCAUGUGCACACUGCUUUGCCCAUUUUGUGUGCCAAAUAGAGGCAACCCAGCACACAGCAGGGGUGUGAUGUGCUAUAGUGGUCACAUGGUUUGGUAAAUUUAAAAAAAAUGUUUGUUUCUCUCAGUAUCUCUGUAAAUAUUUUUUUGUGUGUCAAUUAAAACUUUAA